AUGCAUUUGUAUUUAGAGGUGUUUCAGGGAUUUGUCGAACAGAUAGAAGCGGUUCGGAAAGUUGUACCAUACAAUGUUGAAAACGUUGUAUAUGAUAAUGUUGAAGAGUGCCCAGAAGAAGAAAUUGUGCCAGUGAAUACGGUUGAAGAAAAAAUUUUAUAUGAGUUUGGAAGAUUGACUGACAAAACUUUGUCAGACGGUGAAGAGUCAAAUGAAGGAUGGUCAGAAGAUGAGUUCACACACAUGAAUAAAGCUUCAAACAUAUUUUACGGUAUGCCUCCCAUACCUGAUUGUCCUGAUCCUAUUGUUGAACCCGGACCAUUUCACAGUUUAGGUCCAAAUGAUGAUAUGUUUGUUCGUCAAACAUAUGAUAACAAAUAA